AUGGUCGUUGGUAUCUCUUUAAAAAUCAGGCAGUUAAUUACUCUCUUUUCAAAUCAUAUUAGCAAUGGAAAGUUUUUAGCUCGUUCAUUGGAGGCAAGAAGACAUCAGACUUGUUCAAAUAAGACAUAUAAUGGACGGCAAUCAUUUGGAGUUUCUGUUGUUACAUCGUUAAAGACAUCGUCAAUGGUUAAAAAGCUCAUUGGGAAUAGGAGAUGUUUAGGAUAUAAGCAGAUUGAUCAUAAUACUGUUAGAACUUCCAAGAUCAUUUUUGUUCCUGCCACCAACCAACCUAAGUGUGUUGCAAAUCCUGAAUCCAAGAACAAGAGUAUCUUAGAACAGAGGCCUAUAGACAUUGUAGGACCAAUCAGCCCAGAAAUCAAUAUUGGCAACCACGUACAUUUGGACAUAGGUUUAUCCUGUGUCAUAAUUGUGACUAAUUCUGCUUCUAGGAAAGUUCGGUUGAAGAAGAGAAAUCUGAAAGAUUAUGAAUCUGAUCAUGGUGCUCUUGAAGUUAGGAGUCAUCGAUCAUCUGCUUCCAGAUGGAUGCCUAUGUUUGACUGCCACCUUGUGCAACUCCACAUCACUGUUCUAGCCGUCCUAGAUGGAUUCAAGAGCAAAUUUCAACUCUCUUUUGCGACCCAUAAAGGGCUAUCUAACAAUGUGAGAUGCCAUUGCUCUUUUGGAAGAGUGAGAAAGACAAAUGGAGGAUGCGAUUUUGCACAGAGAAAUAUAAGAACGUGUCACUCUAAUCAAUGCCACCUUCCUUGCCUUCCACACCUUGAUCUAUGGGAUUGCAAGACAAAGAAGACUAUAGGAUGGUGUUUUGAGAUACGAAGAAAGCGGGAGGAGAGUGAGGGGUUGACUGGGGAGGAGAAGGAGAGACAUAGAGGAUUAAAGGAAGAGAUGGAGAGGUUGAUAGAGAUAGAGGAGAUUAAUUGGCGACAGAAAUCUAGAGUUACUUGGUUGAAAGAGGGGGAUAAAUGCACUAAAUUCUUCCACAGGAUCGCCAGUUCUAAUAGGAGGAACAACUUCAUCACAAUUUUGGAGGUGGAUGGGGUUACUUAUGAGGAACCACAGGAAAUUGGAAGCCAACUGGUUCAUUUUUAUCAGAACCUCUAUCGGGAGCAAUUUGAAUGGAGACCAGAAUUGGAAGGAUUGCAUUUUUCUACAAUCAAUGAGGAUGAUGCCCGAUGGAUGGAGAGACCAUUUGGAGAGGAUGAAAUUAAGGAGGUCGUUUUCAGCAUGAACGAUGAUAAGGCCCCGGGACCGGACGGUUUCUCGUUCUCAUUCUACAAAGCGUGUUGGGAUGUGGUUCGACUGGACAUUGUGAAUACUUUAUCUUAUUUUUUUGAACGUGGCAGAUUUCAGAGAAGUUCUAAUGCCACAUUUAUUGUGCUCAUCCCUAAGAAACCGGGAGCGACUGAUAUUAAGGACUUUCGCCCCAUUAGCCUUGUCAGCGGGGUGUAUAAGAUUAUUUCGAAAGUCCUGGCAAACAGAUUAAAGGAGGUACUGGGAAAAGUAGUGUCCAAGUUUCAGAAUGCAUUUGUAAAAGGGCGUCAGAUUUUGGACUCUGUGCUUAUAGCGAAUGAAUGCAUAGAUUCAAGAAUGCGCCUAAGGGCCCCAGGGAUGCUUUGUAAGCUAGAUAUUCAGAAGGCUUACGACCAUGUGAAUUGGGAUUUCUUGUUAUGUAUGCUCAGGCGCUGUGGCUUUGGGGAUAAAUGGUGUAAAUGGAUUCAAUUCUGUAUUUCUACUGUUUCAUUCUCAGUUUUGGUCAACGGAACACCAGAGGGUUAUUUCCGGAGCAGUAGAGGCUUGAGACAAGGGGAUCCAUUAUCCCCUUUGUUAUUUGUCAUUGUGAUGGAGGCUCUCAGUAGGAUGAUUGAAAGAGCAGUGAGAGCGGGUUUGAUAAAGGGUUUUAUGGUUGAUCAAUUGCAGGUGUCUCAUCUGUUAUUUGCAGAUGACACGCUGAUCUUAUGUGAUGCAGAUGUAGAACAAUUCAGGAACUUGCGCCGUCUGCUCUUAUGUUUUGAAGCGGUGUCUGGUUUGAAAAUUAAUUUGGGAAAGUCUGAGGCUAUCCCAGUUGGGGAGGUUAAUAAUGUCGAGGAGCUGGCUGAUAUAUUGGGUUGUAAGGUUGCGCAGUUGCCAAUGUCAUAUGUAGGACUCCCAUUAGGAGCACGAUUUAGAAGUACCCAUAUCUGGAAUGUGGCAAAGAGACUAGAGAGGCUUCAAAGAGAAUUUCUGUGGGCAGGGUUGGGAGAGGAGAGGAGACUCCAUUUGGUCAAUUGGGGAGUUGUUUGUUUGCCGAUGAGGAUGGGAGGUCUUGGGGUGAGGAGCUUUGUGUUGUUCAAUAAAGCCUUAUUAGGCAAGUGGUUGUGGCGAUUUGGAGUGGAGAGGGACAGUUUCUGGAGAGAAAUAAUUGGGGCGAAGUAUGGUGUGACCGAUGGGGGAUGGUGUACAUUUGAGGAUCGUGGUUCUUAUGGGGUGAGCUUGUGGAGGUAUAUCCGACGGGGAUGGAGUGCAUUUUUGGACAAACUGAAGUUUGUGGUUGGAAAUGGUAAUGAGAUUAAAUUUUGGGAUGAUUGUUGGUGCGGAGAUCAACCGCUGAAGGAGAGAUUCCCUUCUUUGUAUCGUAUUGCCUCAGUGUCCACUGCCAUGGUGAGUGAUUCCUUAGACAUUCAUAAUGGGAGUUAUAGCUGGAAUAUAACUUUUGGGAGGGAUCUUCAGGAUUGGGAAUUAGAAGAUUAUUCUCUAUUUAUGACCAUUUUACAUGAGGCCCAAAUUCGGAUUGGAGAGAGGGAUUGCAUCAGGUGGAGGACAGCACAGGAUGACAUUUUUUCAGUUCGCUCAUACUUUGGUUCCCUCAUGGGAUGUGUGAAUAAUUCAUUCCCAUGGAAGUUGGUUUGGCAGUGUAAAUUGCCUCCUCGGGUGGCAUUCCUAUUGUGGACAGUUGUGAGGGGACAGGUCUCAACGGUAGAUAAUCUUCGUCGUAAAGGUUUUUAUGCAACCGAGUGGUGUUAUAUGUGCAAGAAUGAUGGGGAGACGAUUGAUCAUUUGUUCAUUCAUUGUGAUGGUGUACGUUGGAUUUGGAACAGUAUAAUCAGUUCACAAUCUAUGGAUUGGGUGAUGCCUCGUCGUAUAGAGGACGUGAUACGGGCAUGGCGUAGAAAACUUCGGGAUAAGGAUAGCAAAUUAGUAUGGCACCUUAUCCCGGGCUGCAUUGUUUGGUGCGUGUGGAGAGAAAGGAACAACCGUUGCUUCGAAGACCAAACAAAGACAAGAGAGCAGAUAAGAGAAACAUUUUACUUUACCUUGUAUUCUUGGUUUAAUGCUGUGGCUAGAAAUCCUGUAGAUGGGUUGCCUAAUUUCAUGUUUUUCCUUAAUAGCUUAAAGUGA